GAGUGAGCUGCUGAAUGCGCUGGCAACGAAAACUUGGUGAACAAAAAUUUUCCACAAACACGAUAAAUAACGGUGAUUUUGUAGACAAAUAUUUAAAAGCAUAAAAUCGCUUUGAAUACAUAUAUAACCGAUUGAAUACCCGAUUAAAUACCCGAAAUUAUUGAAAUUAAAUGAAAAAUAGUGAGUUCUGCUGCCGUUUAACGCGAAACACAACCCGUGGAGUUCACAGCGCAAUAUAACGGUGAUCAUGCGGCGACUGUGGCAAUUCGUUAUUUAUGCCACAUUACUCUCUUUGUGCGAGGUAUGUAACGGCACAACAACAAAACCUUACACAGAAGCUGAAACAACGACAAUAAUACCGGUUACGACAACAACAACGAAUUCAAACACGUUCGAAACAACAACGUUAACAACACCAACUAAUUUGUCAGAGCCAUUGCCCACAUUGGCAGCGAAAUUGGUGCGACAACGUCGGCAACACCCGUACACCGUUAUAAGGCAUGUGGUCCGGUCCUCGAAGCGCGGCACGAAGUCACGGCGACGUCAGAAGUGGCCAAAAUACAAAUAUGGACCACCAAAUUACAGCAUCGGUCACCCGAUCACUUACUACAAGCCAACGAAACAAUAUUUACCCGAGAUAACAGAGCCACCGAAAUAUUCGUCAAUCGACGAAUUGGAUUUGACAAAUCACUUCAAUUCCGCCGAUUAUGAUGCGCAUGCACCAAAGGGCAAUCACUAUGAAGACCAAACCAUGGAUUUGGAUUUCUACAGCAAUACGGACCACUCGUUUCCGGAAGAGCCUAAAGUCACACAUAUAGAAUAUAGCACUUAUGAUGCGAAGAAAGAGGUGCCCACCUAUUCGUAUACGUCGACUAAAACGGAAUUUAGAAAGCCAUAUUUGAAACUGCAAAGCUACAAAGGCUCGAAGAAUCAUGGUGGCGGUUAUGAAAUGUCAAGCAGCAGCAGCGGUGAUUCGGGUUACGAGGAUACGCACUCGUUCAUACCACCCGACAAUGUCUACGACAUGCAUCCGAUGAGCAGCUACGAUACGCCUUCGCCACAGCAUGACGGCAAUUAUUACGACUACACACCAGUAGACACGAGUUCACAUUCGAAUACGCAUAUACCGGCUGCAAAGUAUGGCGUACCAGAUACGAAUAUACCGGUUCUUUUCACACCACCAGCCAAGCAACCGGAUUAUCACGCCCCGAAGCCAACAGCCGCAGAUAGUUAUAGCAUUUAUGAUAAGAAAAUACCAAAUGCGGGCUAUAACUCGGUGAAAACAUCAGGUCAUACUAGCUUUGCCGAACCACCGCCGAAAACCAAAGUCGAAAUCACCUAUUCACCCUCUUAUGAGAUUACCUUACCACCAUCGAACCAUAAGCCUGCAGCGGUAGAAGAUUAUCGACCAGUACCUGGUCAUUUCGCUGAGCCGCCAGCAGAGCCGACACCUUCUUAUCAUCCACCCAAGGGACCGGUGUACCGACCUACAACUACGUAUCGAAUACCUGAAACCCCAGCACCACCUGCAUAUAGUCCAACUCCACCACCUCCUCCUCCACCAUCUUAUCACCCGCCUGAGGCGCAUGAGCCACCUGAGUCACAUGCACCGCCAUCAUAUGAUAUACCGGAAUCACAUGAAAUUGCCUCUUAUGAAGAAACCGAUUUGCAUGAGCCGCCAUCUUAUCAACCACCCGAUAUACAUGCGCCCACAUCUUAUGAGGUGCCCGAAUUGCCCCACGCCCCACCUUCGUAUCAGCCUCCUGAGCCACCAAUACAUCCGCCGUCAAGUAGUUUUGAAGUGCCCGCGCCACAUCCGCCGCCAGCAUACAGCGCACCCGAGCCACAGCCACCUCAGCCGCCAUCUACGUAUGGUCCACCCGACCCGAACUUUUCAAGUCCAUCCGCGCCUUCGCAGUAUCCACAACCGGACUACAUAUCACCGUCGAGUAAUUUGCCCAUAAACUCUAAAUAUAUGCCGCCAGCAUAUGACUACCCAAGAUCGAGUUAUGAAGUGCCCAUCUAUGACCCGAUACCCUUCGAGGCAUCGAACAACGACGAACACGAAGCAUAUCCGCCGCACACAUUCGAGAAUCAGCACAUCGACAAUCACGCACAAUCGGCAUCCUCACCUAUACCAACCGCCGAUGCACCAGCAACGCGUCACCCUGCGAAUAACUUCAAUACACCGUCGCCUACAAGAAUCACGAAGGGAUUCAAAGUGAAAACCAAGCGUAAGCGUCUGCGUAAUAGCACACCGGCUGUCACCACCAAACAUAUAUUGGACGCGCCCGAAUUGGAAGAAGCAUUCGAGGCCGGUCAACGUCAUAAGAACCAAUUGGCGCUAAGCCCCGACACUGUCGUUAAUGAAUCCAAUUACGUGGAGGCACAACGCCAUGACGAACCCAACUAUUUUUUGCCCACUAUCACGCCGGAUGUGGGGAACGAUAACAGUUACGUUAGUACCGCAUGGAAUCCCAUACGUAUACGUGCCGCAAGUACGCCCACAGCACUGCCUGCCGCAACGGCAACAAAGGCUCAGACACCCUCAGUACCGGUAACGGCUCCCACGGCCGCGCGACCGAAAGAACGUCGACAAAAUUCUGGUCGCCAACGACAACAACAACAACAAUCUGUAGCGCCGUCAUAUACGUCGACUAACGGCGUUACCACGAGAACACGACAAACAACAACACCGCUACACAGCGCAACUGAGAAUACUGCUCAGGUAACGGUAGAUAAAUCGCGUUCGUAUAGUUACUAUGGCGGCACUUCGACGAUACCGAAAGCAAACGAUCCCAGUACAUAUCGUACACGAGCUAAUACUUAUAGGCAACCGACAAGAGCUCCACCUGUGACACGCCAAGAUGUGCCUACAUCUAAUAGGAAUAGAGAUAGAGAUGAGCCCGUGCCGCAUCGCACAACGAAAAGCGUUUUCGAAACGACUUAUUUCAAAAGUCCGCGAAAUGAGCACUUGGAACGGCAUCUGGGCGCAUACGCGCAGAGUUUGCCGAAAAACCAUAAACUAUAUUGAGUAUGGAAUAUGCAGAAAGGGGUUGGGUAGAAAUGUAGGAAUGGGAAAAAUGCUGUUAUGUCUAGAUUGGUAAGAUUUUCCGACUUUUAAAUAUUUAUGUAGUAAUACAAAUAUUGAAUUUGACUGCUCUUAACGGUACUGACUAGUAAUUAUAUGUAAAAGAUAGCAACAAAGCCGUUAACCAUUAAAAUAUUUUCGCAAGAGAGUAGUAACUUCGCUCACGAGCUGUAAUUAUUUCUCUCUCGAAUCGAUGCAUACUCUAAUUCGCUCACGAGUUAGGUUAUGUCUCGUAUUUUACUUCCGAAUUUGGCUAAUUAUUUUAGGUUCAAUGCUUGAUCCUCAAAUGGGGAUCGCGCUUGGAUUACAUAAAGAUGACCAUUAAUAUAUAAGGGACUUUUUAUAUGCUUUACCUAUCAUAUUUAUAACGUAUAAUUACUGUAACUUAUUAUGUAAUAUG